AUGGGCCUUUUCAGGCGCUUCCUAAGGGCCCUGGGCUUGGGCCCAGAGAAGGUCGGUGUGCUCAUUGUCGGCCUGGAUAACAGUGGGAAGAGCACCCUCCUAAACCGGCUGAGGCCCAAAAAGGCUCGGACAGCGGACGUGGUGCCAACCAUCGGCUUCCAGGUCGAGUCCUUCCUCAAGCAUGGUAUCCAGUUCACCGCCUUCGACAUGUCCGGAGCUGGAAGGUAUCGGAGCCUUUGGGAAGCGUACUUCAAAGAUGCGCAGGCGGUGAUCUUCGUCAUCGACGCUACAGACCUGGUCCGCAUGUGCGUAGCGAAAGACGAACUAGAGUUGAUGCUUCGACACCCGGACCUGCGGAAAGUGCCGUUCCUCUUCUACGCGAACAAGAGCGACGUGCCCAAGUGCUGGACGGCGCUGCAGUGCGCGCAGGCCCUACAACUGGACGAGAACAAAGACAAGCCUUGGAACAUCCUCGCCAGCAAUGCGCUCACGGGCGAGGGGGUUGAAGAGGGCAUAGACUGGCUCGCGGAAAUGAUCAAGUCGAAGCCCACGAAUUGA